GUGCGAGGAGGAAAGUGCGGGGCUCGUCGCGCGUGCCGGUUGUACGUCCGUCAUCGAGAAAGUGAGAACGAUCGGAUCGCCGUGGAUACGCGAGGCUCUUCUCGUUCUCGUUCGACCGCUCUCGCGCCAACUCGAAGAGCGUCUCGACCGUUCGGCGAUUUGUUAUCCGCCCUGUGUAUAUUUCGCGGGUACUCGUGGACGCCGGCGCGCGCCGGGAACCCGACGCCGCCGAGAGCGCAGCUGCGUGCGCGAUCGAGGGCACGCGUUUGUGUGCGUAGCUGUAAGAGUAUAUAUGUACAUCUAUAUAUAUAUAUAAUAUAUAUAAAGUGGUGCGUGUGUGCGUGCGCAGUCGAGGCGAUUGCGAGCGCCCGUGUACGUGAACGGAACCGCGUGCGGGCGGUUCCCACGCGUCGUCCGUGCAACAAGUGUCAGGAGGAGGCGGCGGCGUCAGCGUCAGCGGUGAUCGUGGCGGUAGCUUGAACCGUUGCGGCGGUGCUGAACACCACGCUGUUGCGCGUGGUGCCGCCGAAUAUUCCGUACGCACGACGGAUGAUCGGUCGACGAACCACAACGACGACGACGGCGAGGACGACCGCGAUCACCACCAUCACCGCGUCGUGCUGAGAGGAUCGUCACCGGCAAAGGCGCAGGAUGGGCUGCGCCGUGAGCAGCACUGGCGAGAAGGAGGCCGCCGAACGGUCCAAGAAGAUCGACAAGGACCUUCGCGCUGAUGGCGAGCGCGCUGCCGGCGAGGUCAAGCUCCUGCUGCUCGGUGCCGGAGAGUCUGGCAAAUCUACGAUAGUGAAACAAAUGAAGAUCAUUCACGAGACCGGCUACAGUAAAGAGGAAUGCGAGCAGUACAAACCGGUGGUAUACAGCAACACGAUACAGAGCUUAAUGACGAUAAUCAGAGCCAUGGGGGACCUCAGAAUCGACUUUGCCGAUCCCAAUAAAGCGGAUAUGGCGCGACAAUUUUUCACCCUAGCGUCGGCGGCGGAGGAGGGCGAGCUAACUGGGGACCUAGUGCUAUUAAUGAAGCGAUUAUGGCAGGACGCGGGGGUGCAGCUCUGUUUCACGCGUAGCAGGGAAUACCAGCUCAACGACUCGGCAGCGUACUACCUUAACGCACUUGACCGCAUAGCGCAACACAAUUACAUUCCGACGCAGCAGGAUGUUCUGCGAACGCGCGUCAAAACCACCGGAAUCGUGGAGACGCACUUCUCCUUCAAGGGUUUACAUUUCAAAAUGUUCGACGUCGGCGGCCAGCGGUCCGAGAGAAAAAAGUGGAUACACUGCUUCGAGGGCGUCACCGCGAUCAUCUUCUGCGUCGCUCUGAGCGGCUACGACCUGGUGCUGGCGGAGGACGAGGAGAUGAACCGCAUGAUCGAGUCGAUGAAGCUGUUCGACUCCAUCUGCAACAGCAAGUGGUUCGUCGAGACGUCGAUCAUACUGUUCCUGAACAAGAAGGACCUGUUCGAGGAGAAGAUCAGCAGGAGCCCGCUCACCAUCUGCUUCUCGGAGUACAAGGGCGCCAACACUUACGAGGAGUGCGCCUCCUACAUACAAAUGAAAUUCGAGAACCUGAACAAGAGGAAGGAUCAGAAGCAGAUCUACACGCACUUCACGUGCGCCACGGACACGUCCAACAUACAGUUCGUGUUCGACGCCGUGACCGACGUAAUAAUCAAGAACAACCUGAGUAAUUGCGGAUUACUGAGCUAAGCAUUCCAAUACUCGAUCAGCAAACUGUCGAGGUGGUCAAAAUUGAGAGAAACGGAAAAAAUGUAUCGACGACUCGUAGACGUUCGUGAAAGCGAUGGCGGCAGAACGACAAAAGAGACUGAUCGUAAGUUUGAAGAUGCGUCUCGUAAACACGAGUACAUAUUAAUUAACGCGAGGAUUUUACUCACACUUUUCUGGAAUACUUGAUCACGCGUAACGUUUUUACUCGAUUCUGUAGCCUGUAAUCGAAUUGUCCCCUGUAUAAAUUUCUACACGGAUUCGUUUCUGGGAGUUUCUGGUACGAAUAUGUUACUCCUUAAUUUAUUAGUUUUAAUAUAUUAUAAAAUAUACUGAAAUUACGAACAAAAAAAGAAAUAACGGACAUUCAAAGUACUCGGGGAAUUAAGUGAAGCGUUUCACGUUGUCGCCAGAUAUUUUUUUAUGCACUGUUUGAUACGCGUGUAUUGUUAUUUAUUUUUGGGCACUCGAAUUCUAUAUUAAUCUAAAAUUAAAUAAUUGCAUCUUCAAAAGGAUAUAAUUCGUAAUGAUAAUUAUAUAGUAACAUUUCUCGUGGUUAAUAGCAUACUAUUUUGCUAUUUGAGGAGAGCGAGAAUGAUACGCUUAAAAGAGACGAGAUUGCUUCGAGACAGUGCGCAAAAGAAAACUGAGAAAUCGAGGCGGCGAUGUUAAAUGCUAACGAGGCAUUUUUGUACACCCGACUCGAGAGAUCCGAGAUCAAACGUUACUCUAUUUUUUGCAUAAUGUAUUUAAUGAUACUAACCAAGAAUUAGAUAGCUAUUAAUUUAGUGAUGUAAUCACCUUGUAUAUAAUUUAUUACACUAAAAGCGACCACGCGCGCGCGCUAAGUGGAAACGCGUUUCCACGCCCCUCGCUCAUCCAGUUGACAGUGACAAGUUGAAACAUCUCGACGACGGGCUCUCUUUGUUUCUUUUUUUUAUACAACAUAUAUAUUAUAUAUAUUUAUACAAGUUCGAUUUCUGAAAGGAAAACUUUUGUACAAGCUUUUCUUCCGUAUUUACAUACGUAUUAUUAAGUAAUAAUAACCGAGAGCGCGCCGUUCUCAUUCCUCGAUCUGCCAAACUGACAAUAAUGAUGUUAGCAUUAAUACAAGACGACGAUCAAUCAAAUCUCUUUAUACAGCUUAGAUCAAUAAAUGAAGUCUUUUUUUAAA